AUGGUGCGCAUUGAGAAAUGUUCCUUCUGCGGUGGUCCAAUUUGGCCAGGCCACGGCACUGUCUAUGUGCGUAAUGAUUGCAAAGUUUUUCGCUUCUGCAAAUCGAAAUGUCGUAAAUUCUGGAUGAAGAAGAAGAACCCACGUAAGUUCAGUUGGACUAAAGCAUUUAGAGCUGCUAUGGGUAAGGAUCUUGUAGUUGAUAAUGUUUAUGAUUUUGAAACACGCUGCAAUCGCCCAGUCAAAUACGAUCGUGAUCUUGUCGCUACAACACUCAGAACAAUGCGCCUUAUUGAUGAAAUCCGUAUGAAACGUGAAGAGGCUCACUGGGAGCGCCGUAUGCAAACAGCUGCAGCCAUCGAAACACGUGCUAAAUUAUUCGAUAUCGCUCAGAACAUUGAUCUUUACACAAAGGUCCCAGAAGUUCAACGUGAUGCUGUCCAGCGUGCAGAAGCUGAAAUUGAAGCACACAAGCAACAGAUGAAGGAGGACUCCUACAAACUCAAUAUGAAAUUCAAGGAGAUGAAGAAUGCACAAUAA